CAUACAAUGCUACAAGAUUCCAAAGAUUAAGUACUAAAAAAUUACGAGUAAAUUAUACUCCAUAUAUAUUCUAAUAGAAGUGCGCACAAUUUCUAGAGAAAUGCCAAAUGACAAUUGACAACUUAGUAUUUACUAUAAUGUGAUCAAGAAUUCCAGCUUGUUGCUCAUUGAUUGAACCCUCUACACAUGGUUACCCUAUAAAAAUACAAAAAACCCUUCUAAUUACCUAAUCUAAUUAUUCCUAAGCUGACCAAAAAUCUUCACUAUAAAAAGCCUAAACCAACUUCUCUGAUUCCCACCACAACCCUCCCAAUCAGAAGCCAUCUUAAUUAUAUACAAACAUUUUCAAAGCUCGCUUAUUAGUGAUUUCGAUCUCCUAAGAUGGCUUCAAAAGCAUUAGCAUCAACUUCCCUCCUACUAUGCCUAAACCUUGUGUUCAUCACUUUAGUAAGCUCUACAUACGUACCUUGCCCUCCGUCACCCAAACCCCCAUCAGGCGAGCACGGAGGACACCAUGGCGGUCACCACGAUGGCCACCAUGAUGGCCAGCAUGGAGGUUACCAAGGAGGAAGUCCAUCAACACCAACAACGCCAAUAAUGCCACCGGCAAGUCAAGCCAAGUGCCCAAUGGAUGCCCUAAAGUUGGGAGUGUGUGCGAAUGUGUUGGGUGACUUGAUCCACCUAGUGGUAGGAACCCCACCAAAAACACCAUGCUGCCCUCUCAUUGGAGGGUUGGUUGACCUUGAGGCCGCAGUUUGCCUAUGCACUGCAAUUAAGGCUAACAUAUUGGGCAUUAAUCUUGAUAUCCCUCUAUCUCUAAGCUUGUUGCUUAACUAUUGUGGCAAGAAUCUGCCCACUGGCUUCCAAUGUCCUUGAUUCAAGACAUCAUAACUUAUUCAUUUCACGACUUAGCUUGCAUUAUUAUUUGGUAAUUUACGUACCAUCAAGCUUAAUUAGCUUGAUUUUAAUUAACUUGAUUUGUGUAAUUUGAUGGCCAGAGAAUGUUGUUGUCAUAAAUUAUUAAUAUUUACAUUCAUGCAUGCUUGGUUGUUUGAUUUAAUCGAUUAUCGGUGAUUCUGUUCUUAAUCACCUUCAUUAUUGAUUCCCUGAUUGGUGUAAUCUCUUUAUUUGCAUGGUUUAUAAAAGUUGAGUUUAAUCCUUGGAAUAAUAUUACAACAAUAUUUAGUCAAAGAAAAUAAAGGAGUGGAGGGUCCCCUUCUUGC